CAGUUCAUUUGAAGUCUUUCCCUUGAUAAUAUCCAAAACUCCUGAACGAAAUGAAUGUGCCCAAUCCAAACACAACAGCAGCUGCGGAAUCCCUAAGUUCGGACUUCUUUUACGGCUGGGAUUUGCUAUUUAAAACUGUGGAGAGCCGGAUUGGCAAGAAGGCGGAUGUUUUAAUGGUCCUCGCCCAUUUUCUGCUGACCAAACAUUGUAAUUUUCGUUGCGUGGGCAUCGGGGAUGAUAAGAGCCUGGCGGUGGAUGAGGUUGGAAGCGAACUGCUGCCGGAUCAGUGGAAUGGGGAUAGUUCCAAGUAUUCGCUGAGAUAUGUGCACAAUAAGGUGCUCUAUUUGCUGCUGGCCCAUAUAACUGAGGAUGCAUUGAUUGUCAAUUUGUUGGAUGUGAACACCAAGAAUGUUUCCAAUCUGUGCGUUACCCCGGACUCCCUUGUGGAAGAUCUGAGGGGUAAUCUUGCGAAAACCAUGCCAACGGCUGGUGCCAUUGUUGAACGCUUCCGCCGAGAGCUGUGCGAUCCGGUAUUUGAGGCAAAUGCCCGGGAAAUUACCGUACCGCAACGGACCAGCCAGACGCCCGCGCAGACCAUAAAUCCUCUUGCCGAUGAGUCCCGACGUCUGCCAGCAUAUACGCCGCACAAUUUCGAACCAAAUCCAUACAACUUGCCCGAUGUUGGACGCAGCGAUCUGGAUCCACUCGCCGGCGGUAUCGGUAAUCUGUUCCCUUUUCCACGCAAUCCAGGCCCUCCUCGUCCAAACAUACCCGGCCAGGGUGCCCCAAAUCCCGAUCAUGCACAGCCGCCAGACUGGAAUCCCGAUCAUUAUAUGUGACAGCGGGCCAGAGCACAGCCGGGACAAUCUUUUGGGAAUCACUUCCAAAAUCAAUAGUUUAAUUGGAUAAUAUCACAUAAUAAAAAUUAAUUACUU